ACGCCCCCGCGCGGGCGCCGCUAGCCCGGCUUCCACCAGGCCCCGAAGUCCCCGACCGAAGUGGGGCCGCCUCUCCCGCUCGGAAGGAGCCAUCGCCGCUUUAAGGGGAAGAGGAGGGGAAGGGGGCGGGGGUAGUGGGGGGCGGGGAGCGGCGGCAGCGGAGGGGGAGGGGGAUCCCCCUCGCUCCCACGUGGUCCGGGCGCCUGUGAAUCGCGCCCGCCCGAGGGUCUCACAGCGAAAUACAAAAGCAGCUGGGAAGCGGCGGCGCGGCGAGUUCCCAGCGCCGGGCAGAGCGCCGGGCAGAGCCCCGCGGCCACGAUGGGGCUGAGGCGCCCGGAGCCCCGGAGCCAGCACACUGCCGGGCCCGCCUCGCCGCGGGGACCCGGGCGCCCGGGCUCGGCUUGAAGCGGCGGCGGCCCCGGCACGGCCGGGGGGGGAGCAUGGGCAGGAGGAUGCGGGACGCCGCCGCCGCCGCCGCCGCCGCCGCGGGGCUCUGGCUGCUGGCGCUGGGCUCGCUGCUGGCGCUGUGGGGCGGGCUCCUGCCGCCGCGCACCCAGCCGCCGGAAGACCGACUCCCCCGGCGCCCGGCCGGGAGCGGCGGCCCGGGGCCCGCGCCUCGCUUCCCCCUGCCCCCGCCCCUGGCGCGGGACGGCCGCGGCGGCUCCCUGAAAACUUUCCGGGCGCUGCUCACCUUGGCGGCCGGCGCUGACCGCCAGCCCCGGAGGCCCCCGGGCGAGCGCGGGCGGCACGUGCCAGCCGGGCGGCCGGGUCCCGAGGGGCGCGCCGCGGUGCACGGGGGCGUCUUCUGGAGCCGCGGCUUGGAGGAGCAGGUGCCCCGCGGCUUCUCGGAGUCGCAGGCGGCGGCGUGGCUGGAGGCGGCGCGCGGCGCCCGGGUGGUGGCCCUGGAGCGCGGCGGCUGCGGGCGCAGCUCCAACCGGCUGGCCCGCUUCUCCGACGGCACCCGCGCCUGCGUGCGCUACGGCAUCAACCCCGAGCAGAUACAGGGCGAGGCCCUGUCCUACUACCUGGCGCGCCUGCUGGGCCUCCAGCGCCACGUGCCGCCGCUGGCACUGGCCCGGGUGGAGGCUCGCGGCGCGCAGUGGGUGCAGGUGCAGGAGGAGCUUCGCGCGGCGCACUGGACGGAGGGCAGCGUGGUGAGCCUGACGCGCUGGCUGCCCAACCUCACCGACGUGGUGGUGCCCGCGCCCUGGCGCUCCGAGGACGGCCAGCUGCGGCCCCUGCGUGCCGCCGGGGACGAGCUGGCCAACCGCAGCCAGGCGGAGCUGGUGGACCUGGUGCAGUGGACCGACUUGAUCCUUUUUGACUAUCUGACGGCCAACUUCGACCGGCUUGUCAGCAAUCUCUUCAGCCUGCAGUGGGACCCGCGCGUCAUGCAGCGCGCCACCAGCAACCUGCACCGCGGCCCCGGCGGGGCGCUGGUCUUUCUGGACAACGAGGCGGGCUUGGUGCACGGCUACCGGGUGGCGGGCAUGUGGGACAAGUAUAACGAGCCGCUGCUGCAGUCGGUGUGCGUGUUCCGCGAGCGGACAGCGCGGCGCGUCCUGGAGCUGCACCGCGGCCAGGACGCGGCCGCCCGGCUGCUGCGCCUCUACCGUCACCACGAGCCUCGCUUCCCGGAGCUGGCCGCGCUCGCCGACCCCCACGCUCAGCUGCUGCAGCGCCGCCUCGACUUCCUCGCCAAGCACAUUUUGCACUGUAAGGCCAAGUACGGCCGCCGACCGGGGACUUAGCGUCCCCCGGAAGAAGAGAGGGAGAGACCCCCUGGCUGGGGAAUGGAUGAUGGGGGAAGGGCCGUCGCCUCGGCCACCGCCUGGGACCGGCCAACGCCCAGCCAGUGGCCCCAGCGGCAUGGAGGCUGAAACUUCACGGCUUCACCCACCUGCCCCUUUCUCUCAGCCUCGCGCUGUUUCCUUUCCAAGUUCGGGGAGGACGAACUCACCGGGGCGAGAAGUGUAACAGCCCCUCCGCCCAGCCUAUAAAAGGAUUCUGCCCUGCAUCAGCGCGGAGUUUGGAUCCGAAGAAACUGGCGGCCGGAGUCUGGCCCCCGGCUGGCCGUCUCUGUGGGAGAUGCAUCCCAUUCCCUGGCCCCCUCAUUCCCCUUUCCGAAAAAGGAAAACUUCUAUUUGAGCCGAUGAGCUAAUUGUGCAUUUCCUCCCAAAUACGCGCUGGUGGCCCCGGAGCAGGGCUGUGACAUUGGCUGGUGGAGCCCCCUUCCUGUGUUCUGCCUUUGUUCCAGCACCGUUCAUGGUGAGAUCACUGUUAGGAGGGGGGGGAGGCUCCCGAUAGGACAAAGAGAGCAGGACCUUCAGAACGGGGAGGGGGGUUCUCCAGACCCUGACAAUUUGUCUGACUUGUUCCUUACCCCAUGUCUUUUUGGCCUAAAGGCUACGAAUGCAGGACCGGCCGUAUUGCACUGAGUCAAGUAAUGAAUUUCUUCUUCCUCCCCCCUCCCCUCCGACCAAAAUUUUGACAAUGAUGAUGUUCACCAGAAGAAAAUGAGUUUCAUGCACUUUACUUUGUUUUUAUUUUAGUUUUUUAUUAAGAAAAACUUUUUUAUUUGACAAAAUUUGCCUUCUGUGUAUAUAUGUGCAUAAAGUGUGUUGUAAAUAUACUAAACAAACUUAUAUUUCAAUAAAAGGGAGUUUAAAAUUUAGAAUUUAA